GUGAACAACUGAAAGAUAAAAUGGGGAUCCAGGAGUUAGAGUAAUAUUAUAUUUGAUAAGAUGAAUGUUGCAGAGUGUUACCAAGGAGAGGUUGGUUACCAAGGAAAGGUUGGUUACCAAGGAGAGGUUGGACACUAUCAUUUGUGAUGAAAUUAUGAAGUAAAUGGAACUGUGAAGGAAGUCAAAGGUAAUCGAUAGAGUCAAAAUAUAUCAUAAAACAUUUAAGGUGAAUGACUAUAGGAUCCGAGUUGGAUGCACAUUUAUAAAUACUACAAUUAACCGUUAAGAUGAAAAACAUUGUACAACUGAGAAUAUCCCUGAACAUUUUCAUGUUUCUGGUUCUACUUUUGUUUUGUGGAGACACCAGACAAGUUGGUAACAAUACAAAAAUCUCAAAGGGAAACCAUAAAGCAACAGAUUUUAAUAUUACAAGUGAAAUAACAACAGAACAUAUUAAAGCAACACAAUCUACAUUUGAUGUAGCAAGUGAACACAACACGACAGGAAAAAUUGAUGUUACUGAUUCAUGGAAUGCAACAGAUUUGUCGAUAAGAAAUGACAUGAAAUCAAGGCUUAAUGUGACAACUGGACACGACUACGAAUACACUUCACAGUCAAUACUCAAUGUGACAACAGAACAUAACAAUGAGGAGACUUCACAGUCAAUACUCAAUAUGACAACAGAACAUAACAAUGAGGAGACUUCACAGUCAAUACUCAGUGUGACAACAGAACAUAACAAUGACAAGACAUCAACACCUUCAUAUGCAAGACCGUGUGAGAAUCAGGAGACACUUCAGACAGCUUUGGACGAGGUAAAGGACUGUACAACAUACAUGCCUCAACUCUACAGUUGUCAUGGUAACUGUGGUAAUAAAACAAGUCCAGAUCGACAUUGUGCAUGUGAUGUAUAUUGUUUGGUGAAUAAUGAUUGCUGCUCUGACUUUACACAGAUUUGCCCUGUUAUGGCGGAACACUCACAUAGGAUCAUGGAAUCGGUCCAAGACCAACAAAUCCAAUGGGAUUGUACAAAAAUGAAACACAAUGUGCCUGUAAAGAUGAUAACAACAUGUCCAGAUUCAAGUAACAAACAAUGUAACCCACAUGGCUUGGAUCUUCUUGAAGGUUAUAUGCCAGUAUUUGACAAUAACACUGGUCUGUAUUACUUGAAUGACUACUGUGCAAAAUGUAACAAUUUCACAAAUGGUGAGCUUCAGAUGCCUACUGAAUUUACAUGUCCUUUUCCACUCAACUUUAACAACAUGGAAAAGCUACAGCAAGCUUUAUAUACUAAAACUUGCACUUUAGUGUUUGAUCAAAUGGGGCAUCAGUGUUGGAUGUAUGAAUCAACCUGCCACCCAGACUGUGAAUUCAAUGAAACUGUACAAACACUAUGUGAAACUAAUCCUGUACAGAUGUAUGCCACAAAUUACAUAUACAAAAAUGAGUACUGUGCUAUAUGUGCAAAUGAUUGGCCAGGGGAUGUGUUUGCCAAUAAACACUGCAGCUCGAAGACAAAUGGUCAUUAUAACCCGAUAUUAGAAAGGUUUUCUUUUUCCUUAGUGAUGAAUAUCAACCCAGACAGAGAGCUCUUAGUUGAAUUUAAUAUCAAUGGUAAAAGGAGAUCAUUCCGAUGUGAAAAUCUUAGCAACUGUAACGAUGCAUGUAUUGCUGGAUAUGAAUUACAAAAUGACACAUGUGUAUUGAUGUAUGACAUUAAACCUGUUACUGCAACAUUCGAAUACAGUAUUCCUGGAGAAGUAUAUUCUGUUAUGGACAUCAGUAGUGAAUUUGUCUCUGAUUUGUCAUUUGUUUUUGACAGGUUAGAUGUUUCAAAAACACUCAACAAAAGAUUUGUAGAUAAGAUAUCAUAUAGCUUCUCAAAAGACUAUGAUACAGAUAGUAAAAGAUUGAAGGGACUGUUUGUUGCUAAGAUCAACGUGAAACUGCCAAUUUCAAGGAACUUAACAAUGCACCAAUUUCACAACGACACUGUGGAUGCUAUGAUGAACUUUAUGAAGGACGAAUUUUUUUCAACAAGUGAUGAAGACUCCGACUUUGACACAUUGACCAUUUGCAUAGAUGUUGUCAAUUUGGUAACAUGUUACGAUUGGUUGAAUGGCACAUUCCUGAAUCAAACAGACAAUCGAGUCAAAAAGGUUGGCCUUCAGUCUAUGGAAAUAAUGGGUCUGGUCACUAUAAUAUGUUUGACACUCUCAAUCAUAUGCAUGUUGCUUCGUCUCAUCUCCCAAGCAUUUGUCAGCAUCUUUCACUCAUUUGCUGGUAAAAUUCAGUUUUGUUUUGUAUCCUCAUUAUGUGUUUCCAAUAUUUUGUACUUGAUUGGCCCAUUUGUGACUGAUAUACCAAGCCUUUGUGAAGCUAUCGGGAUCCUGAUUCACUUCUUCUUUUUGGUAUCUUUCACAUGGAUGGGAAUCAUUGCACUGGAAAUGUACCUGACAUUCAGGUCAACUCUUCAUAACUCAAAAGGAUGGAAAAGAAUUCUUCUCUAUGUGUUUAUAUCAAUGUUCCUACCUGUAAUUGUAAUAUCUGUGGCAGUUACAUUGGAUCACGUUUCAGUUGACACAAGGUUCAAGCCUUUUUAUGGUAACUCAGUAACUGGCAUACCAAACUCAGAUUUUGAUACGACAAACUCAGUGCCAAGUACAUCAAAGUUGGAGAAUGGGGAAAACUUAAACUCAGAAGUCCAAACAUGUCAAAUGAGUAAUCCAUAUGCUACAUUAUUGUUCUUUGCCUGUCCUUUAGGAGUUAUGAUUGUGUUCAAUACAAUUAUGUACAUAUUAACCGUGUCCUCACUAAAAUCAGCAUGGAGGCAAACAGCAAUGGUCUCCAAUAGAAAUAACUUUCAUUUUGAUGUCUAUAUCAAACUCUUUAUCAUUAUGGGCUUCACAUGGAUCUUUGGAUUCAUUGCACCUUUUGUACACGAGGCCAUUGUUUAUGUGUUCAUUGUAUUAAAUGCAAGCCAGGGUGUUUUCAUUUUUAUCUCUAGUGUAUGUACUAAGGUUGUCUUGAAUGAGAUAAAAAGUAAAUGUAUGAGAGGGAAUAAGAGCGGUCAGUCUUCAUUGAAUUGCAGUGCUGGAACAAAUGUAUUGAAUGGAAAAACAGGACAAUUAAAAGAGGAUCCUGUCAUGGACAGUACAAGUUUAUAAUUGAUCCAUGUGUUAAAUGAGAUCAAUUGAAUACCUCAGCGAAAUGACAUUGAAUAAUCAUGAAUAUAUUCUCAACUGAAUGUAUAUGAUGAACAUUCAAGUAACUCUAUAUAUAUUAUAUAUCAAUAUAUUUAUUUUACACCUUGUCUAGAAAUCUGAUUGGUUCUAAGGUGCUGGUAAUUUGGCCAUAUCUGGCCUUUUUGAAAAUUGUCCAAUAUUUAUUUCAAUAUUGGUCAGGAGACUGUCCAAUAUUUUUUGAAGAAUUCCACCUAAGAAUUUCAUUUCACUAUAACUUGAGUAUGAUUUGAAAUAAAUAAAAAAUUGUAAUGCUUUAUUAAAUAAAUGAAAGGGAGAAUUCAUGGAACAAUGCUUUCUGUUUGGUGUAACAAAAGUCCAUGAAUUGUCUUUUCAACUCCCCAAUGGCUUUCUAUCAAAACUUGAUAACAAAUAACCAAAAAACCUGAAAG